AUGAUCUCCAAAGAAGGGUUCGAAGACCUAGUGAGACAGAGUUGGGAAGGGAAGAGAGGGGAACAGAGCAGGACAAUAGACCGUAUAAAGAGGUGUCGUCGCAGGAUUAUGGAGUGGAAGAAACAGUCUAAUUUAAAUUCAUCCGAUAAGAUUACUCGCUUAAAAGUAGCUCUCGAGGUGGAAGUUUCCAAACGCUCUCCUUCUUUCGUUCUGAUGAGAACUCUGAAACAGGAGCUGGCCGAAGCGUUACAUGAAGAAGAGUUAUUCUGGAGACAAAAGUGUAGAGAAGAGUGGUUGCGUGCCGGUGAUCGCAACACUAAAUAUUUUCACAACUGUGUGAAAGGGCGAAGGAUUCAGAACCGUAUUUUGAUGUUGCUCGAUGAACUGGGGAGAGAACAUUUUUCAGAGGGAGCGAAAGGUGACAUUGCAGUUAAUUUCUACAGAGAUCUUUUCACUAGCUCGAACCCUCAUGAUUUGGACUUGAUCUUCCGAGGUUUUAGACCGAGGGAGACGGAUAGUAUGAAUCCACACCUUACUCGUCAGGUCUCUAAUGAUGAAAUUAAACAAGCAGCUUUUAGCGUCAAAGGAAGCAGUGCUCCUGGAGAGGAUGGGUUGGUAGGUUUGUUCUAUCGGAAGUUCUGGCAUAUCGUUGGACCUAGCUUAACUCAGGAGAUUAAGGAGUUCUUCCAGUCUGCAAGAAUCCCCGACGGAUGGAAUCAUACCCAGUUAAGCUUGCUGCCUAAGAUAGUCAAUCCGACAAAGGUCCAGGAUAUGAGACCAAUAAGUCUAUGCUCAGUCCAAUAUAAGAUCAUAUCCAAGAUCCUAUGUAAUCGCCUGAAAGUGAUUCUCCCCGAGAUUAUUUCGGAUACUCAAGGAGCUUUCGUUUCUGGCCGGCUGAUCUCGGACAAUGUUAUCAUAGCCCAUGAGUUGGUUCACGGGCUGAGAACUAGUGAUAACAUUUCAGAGGGUUGGAUGGCAGUCAAAACUGACAUGUCAAAAGCCUAUGAUCGUGUGGAAUGGAACUUUCUAGAGGUAAUGAUGAAGAAAAUGGGUUUCGACAGGAUGUGGAUAAGAUGGAUCAUGUCCUGUGUGAGCACUGUUUCGUUCUCUAUCUUGAUGAAUGGGGUUUCACAUGGAUUUAUUAAACCAGAACGUGGCAUACGUCAAGGUGAUCCGCUCUCUCCGUUUCUGUUCAUCCUCUGCGCUGAAGCUCUAGUUAACCGGCUCAAUGUGUCCGAAGAAGAAGGCCAUCUUAAUGGUAUCAAACUUGCAGCGGAUAGCCCUUCAGUCCAUCAUCUCUUAUUUGCGGAUGAUAGCCUGCUUUUGUGCAAAGCGAAUGUGGAGGAAGCAUCAGAACUCCUUGCGUGUUUAUCUUCAUAUGGUGAGGCGUCGGGUCAAAUGGUGAACCCUCUGAAAUCGUCAGUGAUCUUUGGGUCGAAAGUACCAGCUAAUGUUCGGGUGGGGGUUCAAGAGGUACUCGGUAUACACAAAGAAGGAGGUGAAAGCUCUUACCUAGGACUGCCUGAAUGUUUUAGCGGUUCCAAAGUUAAGCUUAUGAGUUUCAUCCGCGAAAAACUACAAGGCCGUCUCAAUGGCUGGAGUGCCAUGAUUGAGUUUUGGUGGAGCAGUGGCAACAAUAAGAGGAAGAUUGCUUGGGUUGCUUGGGAGAAGUUAUGCAAAGAUAAGAAACUAGGAGGUUUGGGUUUCCAUGAUAUCGAAAAGGUGGGUUUCUUGGACGGAAACAUAGGACGGAGACCUUCAUAUGCGUGGCGAAGCAUCCUUCAUGGUCGCGAGCUCCUUAAACAAGGUUUGAUAAAGGAAAUUGGUAAUGGAGAAGAUACAAGAGUUUGGCUGGAUAAUUGGAUUGUGGAGACAAUUCCCAGACCUCCUAACUAUCAUCAGGAUGCUCUCGUUGAUUUAACCUUGUCGGUUAGAGACUUGAUAGAUCAGGAUACUGGGGGUUGGAACGUCAGACUCAUCAGGCAGAUCAUUGCUGAAGAAGAUGUGGAACGGGUUCUCCAGAUUAAGCCUAAUCGGUCAAGAGUUGAUUCCUUAAAAUGGUGUUUUUCCAAUAAUGGAAUCUACAAUUCAAAUUCAGGCUACAAGCUUCUCCAGGAGUUACAUGAGCUUCAUUCUCCGGCUACUAACAGCAUGCCUCCUCUAGAGAAGAGGUUAUGGAGUAGUCUCUGGAAGGCGAAAGCUUCACCUAAGCUUCGUCAUUUUUUAUGGAGAGUAUUAUCAGGAGCAUUGGCAGUAAAGCAGCAACUUCGUUAUAGAGGCAUCCAGGUAGACCCGUUAUGUUCUGUGUGCGGAACAGAAGCGGAAUCUAUUUGUUACAUGCUUUUCCACUGCCCUAGAGCUCGUGAAGUAUGGUCACUGUCACAGUUACCUCUCCCGGUUGCAGGCUUCUCUCAAAACUCUGUCUUCCUGAACCUUCACUACCUAUUCACGUGUAGUAGGAAUGAGAGAAUAAGCCCGGCGAUUCGGCUAUCCUUUCCUUGGAUCCUGUGGCACAUCUGGAAGGCAAGGAACAUGUUGUCCUUUGAACAAGUACGUUUCUCAGGUGUUGAAAUCUGGAACAAAGCCUCGGAGGAAGCCUCUGUUUGGCAUGAGCUCCAUAAUGUGGAGGUUCCAGCUCAUACGACUCAACCUAUAGCUCCAGGGAGGCAACAGAGUUGGGUUAAACCCCCAUGUGACCUGGUGAAAUGCAACAUUGGAUGCUCUUGGUCUGCCCGCACGUCCGUAGUUGGAAGUUCUUGGAUAAUUAGAGAUACCAGGGGCAACGUCUUGUGCCAUAGCAGACGACGGUUCACAAAGAUCUUCUCUGAAGCACAAGCUGCCAUUGAAACCUUCGAGUGGGCUGUUGAAGCUAUGUUGGACCUUAAGUUCCAGCGGGUGAUCCUCGAAUUCUCUAACAGAGUGCUGCAUAACAUUUUUAAUCAGGGAUUUCCGGUUCUGGAGUUUGGAGCUUGGCUUCAGAAGAUACAUAACUCGUUUCUUUCUUUUGAGAUUAGCAAGAUAAUCUGGGUGCCUGUGGGAUGCAACUCGAUAGCCCUGGAAAUCUCUGAUAGUGUGAUAAGAGACCAGCGGGUACAAUCUUAUGUUGCGUACCAAGGUCCUUCUUGGCUUCAUGAUCGGAUCCUUUCCGAAGCCUCUCUAUCCACAUAA